AUGAGCAAUUGUGAUACUAGCAAGUUUGAUACAAACAACUGUGGUAUGAAUAACUGUGAUACGAGCAACUGUGAUACAAACAACUGUGACAUGACCAACUGUGAUAUGAGUAAUUGUGCUAAGAACAACUGUGAUAUAAACAACUGUGACAUGACCAACCGUGAUAUGAGUAAUUGUGCUAAGAACAACUGUGAUACAAACAACUGUGAUAUGAGUAACUGUGAUACAGGCAAGUGUGAUAUGAAUAACUGUGAUAUGAGCAACUGUGAUAUAACGGACUGUAAUAUAAACACCUGUGAUAUGAACAGCUGUGAUAUGAGCAAGUGUAAUGCAGACAACUGUGAUACGAGCAACUGUGAUAUAAGCAACUGUGAUAAGAAUAACUGUGAUAUAAACAACUGUGAUAUGAGUAACUGUGAUACAGACAGAUGUGAUAUGAGCAACUGUGAUAUGAGCAACUGUGAUGUAAAGGACUGUAAUAUAAACAACUGUGGUGAUAUGAGCAAGUGUAAUGCAAGCAACUGUGAUACCAGUGAGUGUGAUACAACCAACUGUGGAGCAACUGUGAUACAGACAACUGUGAUAUGA